AUGUAUUGGCCAUGCGGAGUUCCUCAGCUCUACACUCACCAUGUUGCGAACCGAGAACUUGCCAACGGUGCACAUGCCGCCCCGCAAAAUGGGAACGACAAAGGCGGCCCGGCAGUUGACGAGCCUACGGAUGGCAUCCUUGAUAUCUGCACCACACGAUCUGAUCAUCUUUUCGCCUCAAUAACAGCUUCCAGUUUGAACGUAUGGUCCACAAGGCCAACAGUCGUCUUGGCUACUCAUGAAAGGUCCCAAAAUUCGAUUGAGUCCUUCGGUCACAAUGUCAGUGUCCUGUUCAAGCCAGAUAGUAGCACCAUUGCAAUCAGAACAAGCGGGAGCUACAUCCUGACCUUUGCCGUCGACACUGAUCCCCAGCAUCGCGUUCUACAGCAGCAUCACGGUCAUAGCCAGUCUAGGCGACAGAGUGUUCUAAGACAUUUCGGCGUAGAUGAGUCUUAUGGCCUCGCAGAGUUACUGCUGCAUUUCCGACGUGUCAUCAAAGUCGAUGCUGGCAUCCACCACAUUAUUGCUGCUGAGCACGAACUGGUGGUGGCCACGGUCAAGCCCGCAGCUGUCCAAUGCAUUCGAUGGGAGCCUGGAGAAGGCCCCCAAGCCGUGGCUCAGGUCGUGAGCAAGUUGGAGUGGAUGGCUAAAGCCGCCGUCUCGUACAUGACUUUUGACCGAGCCAUGAAUCUGACCGUAUGGAUUGACACCGACGGUUCGGCUUAUGCGGUACAACGUGCAAGGCCCAAGCCACCACGCAGUCGGUCCUCUGAGGAAGCCUUAGAGCAGACCAAAUCGCCUGGUAUGAAAAGUCCCCGACUUUUCCAGGGCUACCGCUUCCAUAAACCGGAAGGUGGUGUUGCAUCACGCGCAGCAAUAAAUGCAAGGUUCUCGCUAUUGGCCAUCGCACUUACUGAUGGCAGUGUCUUGUGUUAUGCUGCAAAGGACUACGUCGGAAACAUUCCUCACUCGCACACCUUUAAAGCAUUGGCGUCGCCUGCUACAACCGGCUCGAUUGUAUCGCUGAGCUGGUCGCCAGACGGCUACUGUCUCUUCGUUGGCUAUGAAAAAGGUUGGUCGACGUGGAGCGUUUUCGGCCGUGAAGGUGCCUCGACCUUCCACUGCAACCCAGAACACGCCGAAACGAAUGGAGAUACCUGGUUGCUCAAGACGCGGACCGCGAACUGGACUGGUCAUGGGGCCGAGCUUCUGCUUUCGGCCGGCGAUCUCACCAUAUACAAGCUCGAAGUCUCGCGCAGUGCCGCUAUCGGCUGCUUUUCUUGCGCGAACCUCGUGAGAGCCUUGUUGCAAGUGCCUGGUGAAAUCCAGAUCUAUAAGGGUCACGAGUUGCCCGACCUGACCUCCAUUUCGAAUCAAGCGUCGUUAUGGCACCAUGCUCAAUUUCCUGCGGCAUACCUACACAAUCACUGGCCAAUCAAAGCGACGGUGGUGUCCCAAGAUGGUAGAUAUGUCGCUAUCGCAGGGCGAAGGGGUCUAGCCCACUAUUCUGUUAACAGCGGAAGGUGGAAGACUUUCUCAGACCUGGCCGUGGAAGCAUCUUUCGCCGUCCGUGGUGGCAUGUGCUGGUUUGGCCAUAUGCUAGCCGUUGCUACCGAAAACGCCGCUGGAUACGACCUGCGACUAUACUCAAGAGACUCCGAUCUGGGCAGAAACCCUCUUCAUACCGAGUCUUUCUCAAUGCCAAUUGUUUUCGUUGGCCCUUCAGGAGAAGACUCGAUCUUGGUAUACACAUAUGAGAAUAUUCUAUAUCACUAUGUCAUCCACUAUACCGAUAGGGGAGCACAGCUGAUCCAAGUCGGACAGAUCGCCUUCCACGGUGUUGUCCGCGCACCGAGUCGCGUGAGAUCCGUGAGCUGGGUGGUCCCGGAUUCUCAGCUUCGCAAUGGUGACCCUUCGAGAGAUGUAGAAUUCGCCUCUGUUCUGUUCUUGGUUGACGAUAAGCUUGUGUUGUUGCAGCCCUCCAGGACACCGGAAGACGACCUGAAAUACGAUCUCCGCGUCGUUGCUCAACACGUCGAGUACUACAUACUCAUGCGAGAUCAGCUCUAUUUCAAUUUUAGUGGCACAGAAGAGUCCGCACCCGCGACACCUUCUCCAGGCGCGAUGCUCAGCAGCACUCAGCGCCACACACCGUUCUCGUUGAGAGACUCGCUAUGGAUUUUUUCCGGUCCAUCGCUCCGCCUUUGGCCAGACAUCCGAGACGUACUGCAUCACGCUGCAGAAGGUACUCUAGAGGAGGCGCCACUGCUCACUGUCCCUGUCGACUUUUAUCCACUUUCGAUUUUGCUUACGAAGGGCGUCGUCCUCGGCAUAGAAGCAGAAUUGAUGCAGCGACGCGACGUUGACUAUUCCCAAUACCGCACCAAUAUCCGCACUCAACUCUUCUUACCCUAUGUACUUCGUCACCAACUACUGGAUGCCAAAGAUACAGCCGCGGCUUUUGCUUCUGCCCACCAGUACCAGCAUCUCAGUUACUUUCCACACGCUCUGGAGAUCCUGCUGCAUCACGUUCUGGACGACGAGUAUGAGCGCAGGCAGAAGCAGCUUCCAGCGCCAGACCCGGAGCCGUUGCCAGCCAUCCUGUCAUUCCUCCAACUGGUGCUUCCCUCCAGCACGUACCUCUCGACCAUCGUUUCAUGCGUACGCAAGACAGAGGUGACGUUCUGGCCAACUCUCUUCGAGCACCUUCCAACCCCGCUCCAGCUGUUUGAAGAGGCUCUUCAUCUGGAAGAUCUCAAAACGGCAAGCGGAUUCCUCAUCAUUCUACAAGGCCUAGAAGACGAACAAGACGACGAAGUUGACACGUUCGAUGCUCGACAGUUCGAAACGCAUGUCGUCCGCUUGAUGACCCUGGCGAAGCAAAAGGAGAACUACGAGCUCUGUGCCGAGCUCGCCCGCUUCAUGAUGGGCAUCGACCCCCGGGGCGAUGCGCUGAGGAGGGUGGUCACAAAGGUCGGUUUCAGGCAGAGUAACACGCAUUUGGAGCCGUCGUCAGCGUCGUCGGCUACUGCUGCUGCUGGGCUGGUAAGAGGUAUCGGGCUUGGGUUGAGUCUGCCGGACAGGGCUAGACGUGGCGGGGGUGGCAGUGGGGCCACGAGUCCGACGGACACAAGCACCGAGAGGAGCGAGAGGAGUGAGAGAAGUCUCGCGGCCGGUGGGGAUUAUUUCUCGUCGAGUCCUGGAGGGUAUUGA